AAAGUUUUAACAUUUUUAUCAAUAUGCAAAAGAAAAGAGUGCGUGUUAACAAUUUAUUGGAUAAAUUACAUCGCGGCGUUGUUUAUACCUGCAUUGGAGUCACACUCUAUGGCACAUUCUUGCUGGGAAUGCGUGUGCAUCGCUACUUGACUGUAGUGCGCCCGCAGAAACAAGCAGAACAGUUGAAAAUGAUUGAAAACGAGGAUUUGGACAAGGCGAAAACUAUAACUACAUAGAAAUGUCGUUAAAAAGGUGUUUAGAAUGUUAAUAGUAAUGCUAAACUUUCAAAUGAAAAACAAGAAUUUACUUAUAACUUUUUGUUCCCAAACUAGUGGCGAUGCUUUCCGAUAAUAAAAUGUAUUCGGUUCCCUAUAUGAUGUAAUAUUUGCACAUGAUGUGUGCUAACAAUAAAUGUUAAAACUAAAUUGAAAUA